AUGUCUGAUCAACGAGUUUUCACUAGACAUAAGGCUUAUGAGAUUAGAGCAGAACUUCAGCAGGCUGAUAACAAAAGGUUCAAGGCUUCUGCCGCUCGGCAGAAGAAUGCGUUGAAGAAGAUUAUCGCGAACAUAACUAUGGGCUAUUUGAAUGAAAUGGCGUCUCUAUUCCCAGAAAUACUAAAAUUCUGGAGUAUAGAUGACGAUAUGGAAGUCAAGAUGGCUUGCCAUCAAUAUGCGCUCGCAAUGGCACCAACAAAAUCUUCGCAUUUCGAAGAGGCCUUAAAGUUGAUCCAGGAUGAUUUCGCCUCAUCGAAUGAAAGGCUCCGCAUCAUGGCUCUCAACACUCUUUCAUCGAUUCCUAGACCCUCAUAUUACUCUGCAUGUCAAAAAUGUCUCGAGAGCGUCUUGACAAGGUCCUCAGAAUCGGCAGACUUGAAAAGAGCUGCACUGCAUGCGAUUUUGAACAUGGACCAAGCUGACAAGAAUUCGGCUCGCCCAUAUGUCUCUUUCCUUUCACAAAUCAUCAACGAGCAGCGACAAUUUCCGUCGGUUCGGGCGCAUGCGCUUUCCGUCCUUGAUGCCUUGAAUGAGUCUCAUAAAGAUCUGCCACCAAUGUCACUAUCUCACGACACAUGCUUCAAUCUUCUGGAAUUGCUUCCCGAACUCAAUGAAUGGGACCAUACCCUCAUCCUCAAUGGACUGACUGCAAAUUACGUGCCGCAGACCCAUUCAGAAUCACAUCAUCUGAUAGAGGUCGUCCUUCCCCAUUUACAACAUGUCAAUACUUCCGUGAGUUUGGCUGCAUUGAAAUUGAUCCUGUACCUCAUCAAUUACGUGGAUUCAAUUCAUGAAAGUAUUGUGAAAAGAUUGUCAAGCUCUGUGGUGGCACUUCUGAAUAAACCCUCAGAAUUACAGUUUUUAGUACUGAGAAAUGUGAUUCUGCUGCUUUUAGGAAGAGACAAGCCAUUUCUUCAAAUUGAUGUGUCCUAUUUCUUCGUGGAAUUUAACGAUCCUAUCUAUAUCAAGGACACCAAAUUAGAAAUAUUGUAUUUGCUUGCGAAGGAGGACAACUUGCGACAAAUACUUCAAGAACUCAAAGACUAUGCCACUGACAUCGAUAUACAAAUGUCUCGAAAGGCAAUCAGAGCUAUUGGAAAUCUGGCUGUCAAACUAGAAAAUUCCGUUGAUGACUGCAUAAAUGUACUUUUAGAUCUGCUUGAUUUCGGAGUCGAGUACAUCAUACAAGAGAUCAUCUCCGUGUUCCGUAAUGUGAUGAGAAAAUAUCCAGAGCAGGACUCGGAAACAAUUAAGAGACUGGUUGCAUUUAAUGACUCUGUUCAAGAGCCAGAAUCGCGAAGUGCGAUGAUUUGGAUCAUAACUCAGUUUUCACGCAGCCUGCCCAAUUUUUUGACGCUUUUUCGAGUCUUUUCCGAUAAUUUUGGCGAGGAGAGUUUGGAGGUUCAAUUUUCCGUUUUAAACUCUUCUGUGAAGUUUUUUGUUAGAACCCGCUCUUCAGAAACCGAGGAGCUCUGCCUCAAAAUUUUAAAAACUGCUGUUGAUAAUGCCGAUAACCCCGACUUGAGGGAAAGAGCUCUGAUGUAUUGGAGACUUUUGUCUUUAGUCCAACAGCGUGCCGACUCUAAUAUAUCCUUGGAUGACAUCGUGGAAAUUGUCGAUGGCGAGUUACCUCUUAUCACGUUGAAUACGCGCCUCGAUCCAGCCGUGCUCGAGGAAUUAGAACUCAACAUUGGCUCUAUUGCAUCCAUCUAUUUGAAGCCAAUCGGACAAGUUUUCAGAUUAAACAGGACUAUGACGCUGCCGCAAAGCCCGGUGCUAAACAGAAAUAGAGAUAGCCUGGAGAUGAUUCCUGACACUCGGAGCUCUAAGUCUUCGGCUUCUUACUCAGACCCAAUUUCAACUAGAAGCAGAGCGGGGUCGUCGCCAGUGAAAAAGAUGAACGAUCAUGACAAGCCGGCUGAAACUGUAAAUCACCUCAAAAUGAAAAGACGAACGACUAUAGGAUCUUCGAAAGUCACACGGAAACCGUCGAUAUUAUCUAGACGAAUAUCUAUUAAACGACCAUUUACAUAG